CAAGUGUUCAGGUUCAGUUGGGUUCAGUGAAUAAAUACUAUUAUGUACAAUUGUACAUAUUAAUAUACUCUAUGAAAUACAAUAUAAUUAGAACUUGGACGAAAAUAAAUUCAUUGUCCUAAGAUAAUAUUGUGUGUACUUGGCUGGAUUUGUAAACCAAUUCAACAAUUUGUAUUUUGAAUAUUCGAAGCUAUGGCAUCGCAGGAGCCCGAAAAGAAAGCAGAUGUAAACAGAGUAAAAAAGGUUCAUGGAAAUGAUUCCUUUCAACGAAUGAAUUUUCUGUACCAAAUCAGUAAACACAUAGCAGACAAGAACCCAGCUUUAUCAGCUUAUUAUGGAAACCUAAUAGUUGGCGUAGCUAAGAAAAUGGUUUUGAAAAUACAUCCAGAUAUUAAACGGCAAUUUUGCAAAAAAUGUCGAUGUGUUGCCAUCCAUAAGGUAACAGCCACAAUGAAAGUAAAAAGAAAAAAUAAAUCAAAAACCAUUCAGUGGACUUGUGACAUCUGUGGUACCAAGAGAAAUUUUCCCGCCAAUGAAAAACAUGACCACAGAUUAUGGCUAGAAAAACCAGAGGCUAUACUUGAAGUUAUUAAUUAAUAAAAUUGUUAUAACCACUUAUAAUUUUAUAUUUGGUAUGAAAUAUAAAUGG